AUGGCUAAAUUUGUUACGAAUGAAAUUAUGGGCACAGCCCUUGAAGUGACCGAAAGGUAUUCACGUUUGGAACCACAAGGCAUUGGUGCCUCUGGAGUAAUCUGCUCGGCACAUGACUCCAUAGGGAAUAAAACAGUCGCCAUAAAGAAGAUUGCGAACCCAUUUGAGAAUCCAGCUGUGACCAAGCGCGCAUACCGUGAGGUUCAUCUAUUAAGUAAUUUGCGACACGACAAUUUGAUCAAUAUGCGAGAUAUAUUUAUCUCUCCAUCAGAGGAUCUUUAUAUUGUGACAGACUGCAUCCGGACGGAUCUUCAUCGUCUCCUUCAAUCGACAUCAAAGCCUCUAGAAGCUAGAUUCGUCCAGUUCUUUACCUAUCAAAUGCUGCGAGGAUUGAAAUACAUUCAUUCAGCUGGGAUCAUUCAUCGUGAUCUCAAGCCCAGCAACCUUCUGAGUAACGACAACUGCGACAUGAAAAUCUGUGACUUUGGAUUGGCUCGGGAACAAGACGCCCACCAUAUGACUGGCUAUGUAGUGACGCGAUACUACCGAGCACCGGAGAUCAUGUUGACCUGGCAGAAAUACACUUAUGCCGUGGAUAUAUGGAGUGUCGGCUGCAUUGUGGCGGAGAUGCUUCUAAGAAGAGUCCUCUUUGCUGGCAAGGACCACGUGCACCAGUUCACACUGAUUACCGAUCUUUUGGGGAAGCCCCCCAAGGAGGUCAUGGAGAGAGUGUACAGCAAGAAUACAUUGGAAUUUGUUGAAUCGCUACCAGAGCGGGAGCCCAUCCCACUUACAUCUCUGUUUAGAGAUGCCGAUCCUCAAGCUAUCAAUCUUGUGGAGAAAAUGCUCAAUCUAGACCCGGAGAGGAGAAUCACCACGACGGAUGCACUCAAACACCCCUAUGUCUCGACCUACCAUGACCCCGAGGACGAACCCGUCUUUGAAAAACAUAUUGAUUGGUCUCUUUUGGAUUCAGAGCUGUCAGCAGACGAAUGGAAGAGCAAUAUGUACUUUGAGAUUUUGGAUUACCACCGUGGUGCUUGCGAUCGAGAAGAUAAGGACAUCCCUAUCACGAGAGGCAACCUUGACAACUGGCCGGCCGACCAAAUGAUGGUGGACACAUACUAG